UCUCUAACUGUCUCUAACUGUCUCUAACUGUCUCUAACUGUCUCUAACUGUCUCUAACUGUCUCUCUCUCAGGCUGAUCGAGUCCAUGAUACCCGUCCGUAUGAUCAACUUCCCGCAGAAGAUCGCCGGCGAGCUGUACGGCCCUCUGAUGCUCGUCUUCACGCUGGUCGCCAUCCUGCUGCACGGCAUGAAGACGUCAGGAACCGUCAUCAGGGAGGGUACCCUGAUGGGAACAGCCAUAGGAACAUGUUUUGGUUACUGGCUCGGUGUUUCCUCCUUCAUCUACUUCCUGGCGUACCUGGUCAACGCUCAGAUCACCAUGCUGCAGACGCUCUCACUGCUGGGUUACGGUCUGUUUGGUCACUGCGUGGUCCUCCUCAUCACCUACAACAUCCACUUCCACUUCCUGUUCUACGUGCUGUGGCUGCUGUGUGGAGGGCUGUCCACUCUGCGCAUGGUGGCGGCCCUGCUGUCCCGUACGGUGGGUCAGACUCCCCGUCUGCUGCUCUGUGGGACUCUCUCCGUCCUCCACAUGCUCUUCCUCUUCUACCUGCACUUCGCCUACCACAAGAUCCUGGAAGGGCUGCUGGACUCUCUGGAUGGACCCAACAUGGCGCCCAUCCAGCGGGUAGCAAGAGACGUUCCUGAACUGACCCUGAACGCCACGCUGAGGAGUCUGGGGACCCUGCUGAAGACCCACUGAGAGACACACACACACACACACACACACACACACACACACACACACACACACACACACACACACACACACACACACAC